CCUCCUUGUCGCCAGACUCUGCGCUGGCAGUGGUCUCGGGCUUUGCGACAGUCUCGGUAGACUCGUUGCUCUUGGAGACCUCGGCGGGGUUGGUCGCGGGCGCCUCGGCGGCAGGCUGAGUGUCGGCCAUGUUUGCUGCAGUGCAGCUGUAUAUGUACGAUUGAAAUGUGACUGCGCAACCUUGUGAGUAUGCGCGCAAAGAUAUUCGACAAAGGUGCGAGUAGGUGGGGAGCAGAUUGACUUUUCGCGCAACGCUAGCGGGGGUAGCUCUUGCCUGUCGAAGUUUUAGCAUGGUCCGUGCGGCCAUUGAGCGCGUCCAUGUCCCGUAUCGUCGAAGGGCGAACGUACGCCCUUCGACUCUUCCUAUUGUCCACCCAUUGACCACCGCCCACCAUGAGGAAGAAGCCGAGAUUCCAUUCGCUGAAGAAGCUGAAAGUCAGGCAGGAUUGGUCACGCUGGUCGCUAUACAGCAUAUCACAAUUGAGGGCCCCGAACACAGGAGCGAAGACAUACUUCCAGCAGAAAUGGAAGGCCAAGUCCGACACGCGUGCGUAUCACGGCGAGCAGAUCCGGGAGAAGAAGUGGAAGCGUCUGUUCAGGAGAAACCUACCCGCCGUGGUGCCGAUGGAUCACAGAUACUUGGCUAGAUAUGAUGGCUCAGAACAGGCUGCCGGACGAGGUGCUGGUGCGGAUUCAAGCGACAAGGAGCGAACACCAAUGCAGACGCCGUACAUGCAGAUGGCAUACUACCCCAUCGAGCGACGACUGGACACAGCCAUCUUCAGGGCACUCUUCGCAAGUAGUGUGCGCCAGGCGAGACAAUUCGUCGUCCAUGGCUUGGUCAAAGUCAACGGAAAGAAGAUGCCAUACCCCGGAUACAUGCUCAAUCCGGGCGACAUGUUCCAAGUCGAGCCCUCUUCCGUGAUGUUCGCCACCGGUGCCCGGAAAGAGCGGUCCUCGACCGCCCGAAAGAUCGCCAAAGAAAAGGCCGCCGAGCGCGCCAAAGCCCGCGAAGAGAACCCAGCGGCGGCCCACAACCCCAAGGAGAAAACCAGCACCGUUGCCAGCCGCGACGAGCCCACACCCAAAGAACUCAAAGAGCACAUGCAGUCCCUCAUGCUCGACGUCGAGAACGUCCUUGCGGAAGAUGUCGGCGCAAAAGACAAGCAAAAGUUCCGUGCCUUCCGCCAGACUGUCCGCAAGGCCGUCAGCCUCUGGGGCAAGGCCACGCCUGAAACCGUAUCCACGCUAGACACUCAGUUCGCGUUUCUUAAAGACGCACUGAACGCCCGUCGCGCCGAGCUGGCGCCCACUGCCGAGGAGGAGCCUACCCCGAUGAUGUCCCCCGAGGACCAAAAGAAGCUGAGCGACGCGUUUGAGAAGCUCAAGCUUGAGCACGACCACAUCUCCACAUGGAACAAGCGCGAUGCGUCCGCGCCAUAUGCGACGCCCUGGCGGCCAAGGGACUACAUGCCUGCGUUUGCGUUUAUACCACGGUACCUGGAGGUCAAUCAGAAUGUGUGUGCGGCGGUGUAUCUGCGGCACCCUGUUGCGCGGCCGGGUCUUGCGGAGGUCCCGACGCCGUUCCAUAUCGAGACUGGACAGCUGGCGUUCAACUGGUAUUUGCGGAGGCGGUAAAGACAGGCAAGGACUUUUGGUGCGCUAUAGCAUACGUGUAGAUAUCGCUUCAAGAGCGAGCUUUUGUAUAUUAUUGUACUGGACAAACAAUAGACACAGCAUUUGGAGACACAUAAGGAUGGCACUCGUUC